CUUUGCGCAGGGGCAGCCCUAGGAUUUUGCAGGCCAGCCCACACUGGGCUCCGGAAUUUAACGCGUGUGCAUCGCAGGUUCUGCCCAGUGCCCACUUCGAUCUCGUAGCUUCUCUAUCCAGUGAUCUCAAUCAACUAAACCAACAUGUCUCUUGACGAGCAAUUCAAACAGGUCGCCGACCGCGUUAGGAACUGGAAGACCAAGCCCAGCGACGAGGAGAACCUCGCUCUGUACUCCCUGUACAAGCAAGCCAACUUCGGCGAUGUCAACAUUGACCAGCCCAGCGGCCUCGUGGAGAGCGCGAAGUGGAAGGCAUGGACCAGCCGCAAGGGAAUCGCCCAGGAUGACGCCAAGAAGCAGUACAUCGACAUGGCCGAGAAACUGCACUCCAAAUACGCAUAAGUCUAUUUAUUAGGAUUAAAUCAUUUUUUUUAUUUCUCAUUGUUAUUUAAUAAAGUUACCAUUUUCAUGUAAA